AUGGAAGAUAAAGUCCCUGCAAUGCCACUUGAUGGCUCGAAACAUUCGCCAGGACCAAACAUUCGUAAAAUGAAACAAAGCCGAUUGCCUUUUCAAUUUUUGUCCACAUCAGCUGCCAAAUCUUCGGAGGAGCUGAGCGAAGCACGGAAGAGAAAACCGUCCACGGAAGCUGUCGAUGUUGGACGUGUCGCAAAAGCUGGGCGUAUUUCGGAAAUGAAAGAGAAUGGUAUGACGUUGGCAGUAGAAGGCAAGAGUAAACCGGCACCCGAUAUUGUCAAAGUGACCAUGAAUGACGAAGAUGACCCAUCCGAAGCAGCAAUGAGCAGUAGCGGUAAAUCCGUAUCCGCAGGAAAAACGAAGAGAAAAGUGAACAGACUCAAUACUGAUAUAAUUGAUUCAACAAAAAUUUUGAUAAAACUUCCGAUAGGAAAACGGAAACGUAAUUUCGUUGAUAAAAUGAAGCCGAAGAAGAAAAAAGCAAUUGCUGAAAGCAGCUUGGAUUUCAGAAGUGACAAUGAUGAGGUCAUAACUUUAGAUGACUCCGACCUAUCAGAAGAUGGUACGGAUGCUUUGGGAAAUGAUAGUUUGGUAAGUUCGAAAAACGAACAAUCUAGAGUCGAAAGCAAGCAACUGCACGGUUCGGAGCAGGAAAAUAACAAAAUAUCGGUUUCAAUCUCGGUGGAAGAAGAUGAAGAAAUAGAAGAUGAAUUAAACAAAAGCAAAACACAAACUAGUUCCUCAUCAAAAUGUGUGGAUGAUCGAGAAAGUAGCACAGGAAUGAGUUUACCAUCAGACGGGAUCGCUGGAAAGGAAACCAGUACAAACGUAGUUGAUCAAUCUGGUAAUCUUACCGAGCUGGACACAUCUUCCAACAUUGAUUCGAGCGAAGAGGACAUUUAUUUGCUCUGCACUCCGGAUUCAAAAAUUGUUCCGAAUGAAGAGGAAAAUAAGAUGCGUAAACUAACUCCUAAACAGUUAGCUCGUCGUCAGGAUUACGAAAAGCGCCGUGCGCAGAAGCAACUAGAGAAGCAAGAAAGGCGUCGUAAAUUGCAAGAGGAACGGGAGGAAAAGGCUCGCGAAAAAGAGAAACAAGAGGAACAGCGUAAAAAGGAACGUAUCGAAAAGGAAGAUCAAAAGCGCAGAGAACGAGAGGAAAAGGAAGAGAUGAGGCGCAAAGAUCGUGAAGAACGCGAGGAACAGAAACGCAAAGAGCGCGAGGAAAAAGAGGAAUAUAAACGUAAAGAACGUGAAGAAAAAGAUAAAAGGAGACAAAUUGAAAUUGAACAGAAAAAUGAAGAAAAGCGCUUAAAAGAAGAAGAACGUCGCAAGAAAGAGGAGCAAAAAGAGGAGGAAAGAAAGCGCAAGGAAGAGGAGAAGGAAGCAGAGGAAAAGCGGAAGCAAAAGGUGGCUCAAGCUUUUACUAGUUUUUUCGUCAAGAAGUCGAUUAUUGGCGGUGGUGGCGUGAAAGCUUCGGACGAUGAAAAUUCCGUGGAGUCAUCGUCGGGAGGUGGGACGAUGGUGAAUGCAGGAGUAAACUCGGGGCAGUUGCGAUUUAUGCCGUUUUGUGUUAAAGGAGACAUGCGACUGGCGCCAACGGUGCGAAGAGUUCUUCAUUCUGUCCAGAGAGAUCAUUUAGAUAAGAUGGUACACAGUAUAGAGGGACAACAAAUGUUCGACCGGGCUCAACUUUAUCUUGAGCAGUUAAAGCGAAAAUUGCACAAACCAUUAAAAACCGAUCGUACAUGGAAUGUAGAGGAUGACGACGAGAACGAUGACAUUAUGGUUGUUGAUGAAAAUGUGUGCCAUCAGAUUGAGGUGGAUCCGGUAAAAAUGAAACAAAAGUUUAAAACUAAAUUCUUUCUUUUUGAGGAGAAUCGCCGUCCACCGUACAGGGGAACGUGGCGCAAACGAAGUGCGUGUAUUAAAGCACGUCGUCCCUUUGUUCAGGACAAUAAAUAUUUCGAUUACGAGGUCGAUUCUGACGACGAAUGGGAGGAGGAAGAGCCGGGAGAAUCACUUCAUGGCAGUGACGACGAAAAAGAUGUAGAUCCCGAAGAAGAAUACGAGGUCGACAAUGAAUUUUUCGUACCUCACGGACAUUUAAGCGACGAAGAACUACAUGAAGAAGAGGAAGGUGAAAUCGGCGAUGAUAACUGUCCAGAGUCACAGAAAUUUAAACUAAAAAUUAUGCAACAAGAGUUUGUGGCGGAAAUGAAGAAAAAGACGGAAAAAAUUAAACCCCGUUUGAUAGGUUGCAUUUGGGAGAAAAGUUUAUAUUGUGAAGACCUAGAGCAUGCUAAUCGUUUCAUGGAAUGUUCAGUAAUAAUACGGAAAAUGUUAGACGAUCGCGCAAUGCUUUACGACCCGGACGAACCGAUCUCAUUUACAAAGUCCUUUUCCAAGUUAGCUAAUGGGUGUGGUGGUACGAUGAAUGAACUGGAUAUGACAGCUACAAUACCACCGAGCAAAGAGCUUGAAAAACCAAAUUCUAAGAAGAUUAAAAUAACGGAUGAUGCUGUCCGCGAUUUGGCUCGAUUGAUGCAUGGCAAUGUCAACAAUCGCAAGUUUUUAGUACGCGAAUUUCAUGCUUUUUGGGCCAGUCGUAAUGGUUCGGUUGAUUUUAGCUUGGAAAGUAUAAGAAGCAAGAUUAAAGACAUUGCUCAAUGGGGUACGUGUCGUGCGGAAGGACCGAUGGAAGGAAAGCUAUGCUGGACCGUUGAGAAAAAAGUGCUCCAGCAGUAUGACCUGAUGGAUAUAACUUUGCCAAAUGAUUGGAAGUAUCAUUUGCAGAAACGUCCGUCUACUGUAAAACAAGAAAAGAAAUCGAAUUUGAUGCAAGAACGUAGCACCAACACUGAGAAGCACAAUAGCUGUGCAAGUAAAAUCGAUUCAUACGAAGAAGAAGGUUGUGAUAAGUCAGUAAAUGACCUCACAAAUGAUGAAAUUUCUAAAAUUGAUUAUAGCUCGAAGACUCUAUCGGGGAUAGGACAGAAGGAUAAUGCAAAAACUAAGCCGUCGGUAGUGCAUGAUAGCGUUGAUAGUAGCGACAAAGAUGGAGGUGGUGAUAACAAAUGUUCGACCGUGACUAACCUAAAAAAUCGUGUACCACUUUUGAUGUCUGUCCCGCGCGGUCAAAACAUAAAUCAGUCCGCCAAAAACAGUCUUAUCAGCCAGUUCUUGCGUAGAGAAAAUAGUAUUAAAUCAAAACCUAUAAUACCGGAUCGGGAAAAAAUCGAUGGUGCAGUUAUUGAAAUAGAUUAA